AAAAACCAAAGAAGAAGAAGAAGAAGGAACAUGGCUUCUCCUGCUGGUUGUGAACAUUAUGUCCGCAGGUGUUUUCUGAAAGCCCCUUGCUGUGGUAAACUCUAUGUGUGUCGACUGUGCCACGACGCAGAGGAGAACCACCAGAUGGAUCGCUUUAAAGUCAGAGAGGUGCAGUGCUCUGAAUGUCAAACCUUACAGCAGGCGCAGCAGACCUGUCAGGAGUGUCACGUCACGUUUGGGGAGUAUUACUGUGAUAUAUGUCACCUGUUUGACAAGGAUAAGAAGCAGUACCACUGUCUGCCAUGUGGGAUAUGCAGGAUCGGGCCCAGGGAGAAGUACUUUCACUGUGAGAAGUGUAAUUUGUGUUUAGCCCAGGACCUGAGAGGAAACCACAAGUGUGUUGAAAACGUCUCAAGACAAAACUGUCCCGUGUGCAUGGAGGAUAUUCACACAUCCAGAAUUGGUGCUCACGUUUUUCCAUGUGGCCAUCUUUUACACAAGAGCUGCUUCGAUGACAUGAUCAGAACGGGAGCGUAUCGCUGCCCUUUGUGUAUGCACUCUGCUUGGAACAUGAAAGACCACUGGGAUGAGAUGGACAAAGAGAUCGCUCAGUCGCCGAUGCCCCCUGAAUACCAGGGAGCCACAGUUAAAGUUAUUUGCAAUGACUGCCAAACCCACUGCACCGUGGCUUUUCAUGUGCUGGGGAUGAAGUGCACCGGCUGUGGCUCGUACAACACGGCGCAGGACGGAGGACUCAUCCGGCAGCAGCCGGAGCAGCACGUGGAAAACGAAGCGGAGCAGCAGGAUGAGCAGGAGUCGCCCCUGCUACAUUAGAGCCAAAAUGGACGACUUUCAAACUUCUAACAUUUAAAUAAAUUGUAAUAAAAUUACAAUUUUGAAAGGUUUGACAAUUGUAUUAACCUAAAUGUAACCAUAGACUGAGCCCGUGUCCUCUGUUUAUAAUAGACAAAAAAAAAAACAAUCUCUUGUUUGUGCAUGCAUUUUGGCUUUACAUGAAUCUUUCACAAUUUUCCCUGGAAACCUACAGACGCCUGCAUGUCUUUAGUAAGAGGCAGGAAGACGGUGGAGCAAACCACACGUGCAAAAAGUCUAAACCGUGCAGGUUCGAUGACGGCUGUUUGGACAGGGAGGGUGUUAUAUUUAUAUAUAAAAGCUAACAGGAAAACAUAAAAGUCUUCUUUUUUUAACGGGUCUGUGCACUUUUACAGAGGAUGAACAGUUUUGGAAAUUACUCUGCUACAAAAGAUAAAUAUUUCUCACUGCCACAGCUCUUUUUAUUACAAAUUAUACAUCAAAACAUAGGAAUGUCUUUCUUCCCAGUGCGUUCAUCUCUGCUGCAAGACUUCCAGUUAAGACCCCCCAGACCACAGCGUGUGUUGAGCCAAGUUUCUGACUGUAGUUCUGUUUUAGCCCGACAUAAUCACUUCAAAACUAGACGUGAAUAAUCUUUUAUAAUUUUCAUGAAUAAAAUGUUUAAAUUCAUAAUUUCUAAAUAAAAAACAUG